UUGUCAUUUUUAUAAAGCAUUCCCAAUUGUGUGUGCAAAAAAUAAGAUUGUUCUCCGCUAAGAAAAAAGAAAAAAAAAUAUAUUAAGUCUGGGGUAAAGCUAUAUCUGCGGGUCUUAUUUUGUGAUUCAAUUAGAUAACGUGAGUAACCUAUCUUCUCUUUUUCUUAUACUAUAUCUUUUUUUCUUUUUAAUCCCACUAUUCUAUUGCCCUCCGUUUCUUUCAGCUUACACUAAGUUCGUAUCAGAUAUGUCCAGUAACGCAAAAUUAGCACUCGCUUGGUAUUUAUCCAAUUUGGCUGCAGCUCCUCUUCGUACAAAAGCAUGUACAUCGGGUUUCUUGUCAGGUUUACAGGAAUUAACAGCGCAAAAAUUAUCAGGAGCGAAGAAGUUCGAUAAAAGAAUCAUUCAAAUGGCUGCAUAUGGCUUAUUCAUCUCUGGACCAUUGAAUCAUUAUCUGUAUGAACUUAUGAAUGCAAUUCUGGGCAGGUUGUUUGCUGGCAAACCACCAGGGAAAGGUCUCAAGAUUGCUCAAUUAUUGUUCGCUAAUUUGAUCAUUUCGCCUACGAUGAACUCAGUUUACUUGACUGCCAUGGCUGUUAUCGCAGGUGUCACCUCACCUGCCAAGUUGAAGGCUAAUCUUAAGCAGGGCCUUUUGCGCAUGCAAAAGAUUUCUUGGGUUAUGUCUCCCUGCAGCAUGAUCUUUGCUCAAAACUUUUUAGCGCCUACUACCUGGGUCCCCUUUUUCAAUUUCAUUGCUUUCCUUUUCGGAACCUACAUGAACACAAUGAUCAAGCGUAGACGUAUGAAGGAACUUGAAGAAGCUGAAAAGAGACAAUAGAUAGUAACAUGAGUAUGAUCCCUUGAUAUUAUAUUUUAUUUUAUUUUUAAAUGUAUUUUUAGUCCUUUGCCAUCUCCAAACAAUUAAAUUCGUUCAUCAUUUAGCACAGACACGAUC